AUGAAGAAACAGAAUCACACUUUGGUGAAUGAGUUCACCUUCCAGGGUUUUUCUAACUUCCACGAGCACCAGCUCACUCUCUUCAUUGUGUUCCUAGCACUGUACAUAUUAACCCUAGCAGGUAAUGUCAUCAUUGUGACCAUCAUCAGUCUUGAUCGUCACCUUCACACUCCCAUGUACUUCUUCCUCAGCAUGCUGUCAGCUUCUGAGACUGUGUACACCCUUGUCAUUAUACCGAGAAUGCUCCUCAACCUCAUUGGCCUGAGUCAGCCCAUUUCCUUGGCAGGUUGUGCCACUCAGAUGUUUUUCUUCAUCACUUUGGCUAUCAACAAUUGCUUCUUGCUCACAGCCAUGGGGUAUGACCGUUAUGUGGCUAUUUGCAACCCGUUGAGGUACUCGGUCAUCAUGAGCAAACGGUUGUGCCUCCAGCUGGUGUGGGGAGCCUGUAGCAUUGGUCUAAUUGUAGCAAUGAUACAAGUGUCAGCUGUGUUCAGGCUGCCCUUCUGUACCAUCAAGGUAGCUCACUUCUUCUGCGAUAUCCGGCCUGUGAUGAAGCUCUCCUGCAUUGACACCACUGUCAAUGAAAUCCUCACUUUGGUCAUCAGUGUGUUGGUGAUCUUGAUCCCCAUGAGCUUGGUUUUCAUCUCCUACAUCCUCAUCAUCUCGGCCAUCCUCAAGAUUGCUUCUGCUGAGGGCAGGAAGAAAGCCUUUGCCACAUGUGCCUCUCAUAUCACAGUGGUUGUUAUCCAUUAUGGCUGUGCCUCCAUUGCCUACCUUAAACCCAAGUCAAAGAAUACCAGAGAUGAGGACCAGCUGAUCUCUGUGACCUACACUGUUAUCACACCCCUCCUGAACCCUGUGGUAUACACUUUAAGGAACAAAGAAGUCAAGGAUGCUCUGUGCAGGGCCAUGGGCAAGAAACUUCCCUGA